AUGAACAAAUUAUUAAAUUUAUUAGGAUUUGCAGUUUUCUUUGUUUUAUGUCUUUUUUCUGUAGGCUCAAAUGCUGAAGAAAAUGGUUGCAGUUCUUGGGUCCAAGCACGUGAGGGUUAUACAUGUUGGGCAAUGUCAAAAGCAUGUGGUAUUUCAUUGGAUUCUUUUAUGAAUACUAAUGGUUUAAAUUUGAACUCCUGCAAUUACAUUCAAAUUGGUCAUGAUUAUUGUUGUAAUUAA